AUGUCUACAAUACCGGGAUUGAAUCAGAUACAAUUUGAAGGAUUUUAUAGGUUCAUUGAUCGGGGCUUAAGAGAAGAACUUUAUAAGUUUCCAAAAAUGGAAGAUCCGGAUCAAGAAAUCGAAUUUCAAUUAUUUGCGGAAACAUACCAAUUGGUAGAACCCUUGAUAAAAGAAAAAGAUGCUGUAUAUGAAUCACUUACAUAUUCCUCUGAAUUAUAUGUAUCUGCGGGAUUAAUUUGGAAAAACAAUAAGGAUAUCCAAGAACAAACAAUUUUUAUUGGAAAUAUUCCUCUAAUGAACUCCUUGGGAACUUCUAUAGUAAAUGGAAUUUAUAGAAUUGUAAUCAAUCAAAUAUUGGAAAGCCCUGGUAUCUAUUAUCGGUCAGAAUUGGACCAUAACGGGAUUUUGGUCUAUACUGGCACUAUAAUAUCGGAUUGGGGAGGGAGAUUAGAACUAGAGAUUGAUAGAAAAGCAAAGAUAUGGGCUCGUGUCAGUAGGAAACAGAAAAUAUCUAUUCUAGUUCUUUUAUACUGUGGCCAAUCCCGAAGUUGGUUCUAUACAUGUGACCAGCUAUCAGGAAAAGAAUCGCAAUAG